GAAUGUGUUCACUAUUCCAAAGACAAUCCAGGCUUCUGUAACGUUGUUAGAAAAUUUACAUAUCAUUUUGGAGAAGACGCCUCGCGAUGAUAUACGAACGGAGGUCCUUCCCAUGUUGUACAGUGCUUUCGAGAGCUCCACCAUUCAAGUUCAGACUGCUGCACUUGUCGCUGUGGCGAACGUUUCAAAUUACUUGGAAGAAACGGCCAUUCGGCGAAUGGUACUGCCAAAACUCAAACUAGUUUACGAAAAAAACGCUGGUGAUAUUAAAAUAGACAUAAAUAUUUUAGUGUGUAUACAAAAAAUUCUUGAUCGGUUGGAUCGGACGCAGAUCAUCGACGAGGUCCUACCUUUGCUCUGGGACGUCCGGCUUCAGGACGCCGAAGUUAUAAUGGCUGUUGUCAAUAUAUAUCAGAUGAUGUUAUCCGAUAAAAAAUACGGGCUGUCCGUUAACCUGAUGGCAACUAGGGUAAUGCCCCUGUUAACGCCGCAGCUAGUCAAUCCGGCUCUUAAUUUAGAUCAAUUUACCGGCCUGAGCAAUAUCUGUCUCGAAAUGUUUGAUCUCAUAGACAGGAACCAACGCAAUAAACUAAAAUUAGACACGAUGCCGUUACAAUCAAGUCCAGAUAGACAUCGUCCGCUGAGGCACUUAUGUAGUUCCGACAAUAUGAACGUGGCACCCUUCAGUAUACCCAACGUGAGGGUAGAGCAAAGGAAAACAUCUUCCGCUGAGGAUAUGGCCAGGAAGAACUCAGGCGACUCGGGAAUGUUAGGUUCUUGGUGGAACAGGACGUCGCCCUCCUCGCCGGACAGCAACUACCUGCGCGUGCACAACGCCUACACGAACCGGCGCCUCUCGGACAACACCCUCAUGGCGCCCAAAAUCAAGAUCGCCCCCUCUUGCGCCUCCUCUCCCGGCGGCCCCGGGAGCCCCGGCGGGCCCCUCCCCAUCCGCCGUCACUCCAGCUUCGGGCCCCAAGAACGACGUGGCUCCACCGUCAACCUAUCGCCGCCAUCGGGCAUCCACUAUAGAAGUAGCUCGAUACCGAGGGCUGGACCCUUUUACCCGUCCUCUUCCUCGAUCGAAUAUCUUGCUCGUAAUGGAAUUUUGGGGAUUCCGUUUCAGGGAGGGAGUAUGCCAAACACGAGCAGCAGCGUGCCGCACCUGCUGAGCUCGAGCAUGCACAGCAUUAUCCGAUCCAGGCGACCGUCAACCUGUCUGUCCGGCUCCGGCUCGCAGACCGGUGGAGCCUCCGGGCUCUGGAACCAGUUUGGAAGCGGCAUGGGUCUACGUAAGGAAAAGAAGUCUAAAAAAAAGUAUAAAACUAUUCAAACCAACCUUUCAGAGGAGUUAACGUAAUAAUGAUGGUGGGUACGCAACAUCUUCAUUUGCUUCGCAUGCUUUUUCCCUCAUAUUUGGCCUACAACUUUAAGACGAUGGUGGAAAUUGAUUUUAACCAGUAAUGUCUAGUUUUGACCGGUCAUGACGCGUAUUUUUCCUCAAGUUCAGUUAAUAGCCUUAUUUUAUUUUUCUGAUUAAAACUCGUAUUGACUGGAAAAACUUAGCUGUGGUAGAAUACGGCGUUUGACUGCAUCAAUAGGUAACAUUCCAUUCAUACAUCCAUUGAAGUAUGAAAAAAGUGUAAGGAUAGUUGUGGAAAUUGGUUUCCUUCGUUUAGCUCGCCUAAAUAUAAUCAUUGUCAUCUAAAUACUCUAGCGCAAAUCGAAAAUGAAUCAAUCAAGAUAAUCAAACAUACAAAAGACCUGCUAACUAACCUAACUCAUAAGUUUUAAAAACUGGUCAAUCAUAAUUUGUAAAUGUUCUGUUCAUAAAUGUUUUAUAUCUAUAACUUUGAUGUAAGUACCUAUUUUAAACUUGGAACAAUUUUUCACGGCAUUACCAAUUCAUCGAAAUGCUACACAUUAGUAUUAUGCCCCUGAACUUGCGUGUACCUCACCAAUUUAAUCUUUACCAAAACAACUUUCAUGACAAUCUUGAUACAAUAACGUAUUUUUAUACCCACUUUCCUGAAUCCAAUUAAGACUCGUUUUUAAAUUAGUGUCAUUCAUGGUUUUUUAAAACGUUUGUUUCUUGUAAAAUAAAUCUUCUUCCUUCAUCAGAAAUAUUUUUUCUUCUAAAGUUGUAUUAUAUUCAAUGUAAAGCAGAAUUAAUAGUAUAAAUACAAUUGGAGAUAAAGAUUGUACAUGUUCGGACAGUUUUCAAAUUGGCAAACUUGUUCGUCGUAAAUUUGUAUGUUGGAAAGGUGAUCAAGUUGCUAUUAAAGACUUUAUUGAAUUGUUGUAAA